UUACACUCCAGAUUCGGGUGGACGGGGAAGAGAGGGACGGUUUUGUUGUUGUUUGCAAAAUGGGAACCUUUUCUUUCUUUAGCAAUAUUUUGGGGCUUUAUGCCCUGUUUGCUUUCACCUCAGCGUCCUCAGACGUGUUCGACAGCGUUCUGGGAAGCACAGUAUCCUGUCAUAAAUCCUGCGAAAUGACAUAUAGUUUGCACACGUAUCCACGGGAGGAGGAACUGUACGCCUGUCAGAGAGGCUGCCGUCUGUUCUCCAUUUGUCACUUUGUCCGAGACAGCGACGAUUUUAAUCAGACCAAAUCUGAGUGUGAAUCAACCUGUCGGGAAGCCUACACUCAGUCUGAUGAACAGUAUGCUUGUAACAUGGGCUGUAACAACCAGCUUCCAUUUGCUGAGCAACGUCAGGAUCAGUUGGAGGCCAUGAUGCCUAGGAUUCAUCUUCUACAUCCACUGACUUUGGUCAGAGGAUUUUGGGAGGAUGUAAUGAGUCAGGCCCACAGCUUCAUCACUUCCUCCUGGACGUUCUACCUUCAGGCUGAUGAUGGAAAAGUUGUUGUUUUCCAGUCUGAACCUCAAGUCAGAAUUUUCACCCAUAUUGAGCUGGACAAGGAUACGCAGGAGGAGCCCCAGAAGAGCUUUCCAGGGCUGAGCAGUCCUAUUUACAAAGAAUACCAUCGCUCUUUAAUCCAAGAGAGAGACAGGGAUCUAAGUGGUGAGCGCAGCUACGAUGAUGGAUACAACCUUUUUAGCUGCCUGUCAAGGAACCCUUGGCUGCCUGGGUGGAUCCUUACAACAACUUUAGUUCUGUCUGUGUUGGUCCUGAUCUGGAUCUGCUGUGCUACUGUGGCAACUGCUGUAGAUCAAUAUGUUCCUGCUGAGAAACUGAGCAUUAAUGGGGACAAUGACUACAUCAAAGAGCAGAAACUGACUCCUUACCCAGCAUCCUCUCUGAUUAUCAUCACCUCCAAAGGGCCAGAAGAAGAGGCUGGUCCACUUCCUUCCAAGGUGAACCUUGGACAAUCCAACAUCUAAAAACUGAAGCUGCACUCCCAAAAGGAACCUUCUCUUGAUGAAUAAUCAGCGGAUUUUUUUUAUUUUUUAUCCUUAGAUUUAAGGAGUGAGCUGGUUGUGGGCUAAGCAGAACUUUCAGAUUAUUUACUAUUAACUGUUUUGUCCCUGCUUUAUUCAUACAUUCUUAAAUUGGGGUAUUUCAAACUUUUUUUUGUUUAUUGGUUUAAUGACACAAACGAGUAAUGAGGGUAUUAAAAGAAUAAAAUGUGCUAGGACUUUCCUGCAAGUUUUCUGUUGCAUUAGUUCCUUUUUUUUCUUUUGGUGUGUGUUUUAUUGAAUGUAAUGAAGUGACUUGAAGUGAUGCAGGUUUUUACCCAAAUCCACAAUGUUUUGCUAACGUAGAUUGUGUGGACACUGCAGACUCUCCUUUCGUUAACAUGUUGAUAUUGCUGCAAUAUCUUGAUUCAUUCUACAGUAAAGGCCUGUGCUCCUAAUUUAAUGAGACGGUACAUGCGGUUAAG